UGAAGUGAUGCUAUUGCAGAAAAGAAAUAUGGAUUAUGGAGAACAUAAACAAACAAGGAAUAAAAAAGGAGUGCCAUCCUUUAUUUUACAAUAGCCUGAAAAUAAGAUGCAAUCGCACAAUUAUGCAUUAAUACACAACACUAGCAUCAUGUUUGUAUUAUAGAAAAGUAAACACAACAUAUGUGGUUGAUCCUUUACACUACACGCAACUUAGAAGAGCUUUAUAUGACAAACCACUAGUUGCAUGCAACGCCUGCAGGCGUGUCCUUGCGCCGUGACGUUUCAUGAAGCGGGCUGGACUCAGGGAAAACUCAGAUGAUGGGGAUUAUAGAGCGAUGUGGUGGAGGUGGUUUUUGCAAAGUGCUGCUGGUCCGGCUGACAGCUCGAUGAUCGCGCGGUGGAGGUUUGGCUGAGGAGCUGUUCGCAGCAUGGGCACCGGGGAUUACAUCUGCGCUACGCUGCGUGGUGGUGCACCCUGGGGGUUCUCCCUGAGGGAGGGAGAGGGGGACACCUACAGACCUUUGUUAGUUUCCCAGGUGGAAGAAGGGGGUCGUGCCUUCCUCGCUGGCGUGCGAGAAGGUGAUGAGGUGGUGUCACUCAACGGAGAGCCGUGUGCUGAUCUCCCCUUUUUACGAGCCUUUGCACUCAUCGACGCAUCCAUCGACUGUCUGCAGCUUCUUGUCAAAAGAUACUGCACCAACCCCCCGGAAGAAUCUGAAUCAGAAGAAACAUACUGUGGUGGGAGGGACUCCUCCUGUGAGGCUUUAAAGAGCACCACCCUCCACAUCUUUACUCCAAAGCACAGGUCCCAAAGCCCAAGGGAACCCUCCAUAUCCGAGUCCCAAGAAGAGGCUUACUAUGGGGAGUUGGGCAGCGACACAGAGUUUCCCAAGGAACCCCAGCUGCUUCACAUCCAGCUACACGUUGCAUCAUCUGGUGAUGGGGGAGACCGGGAGCAUGAUUUUCAGGAAAGUGAUGGAGAAGGACGGCAGUGCUUCUCCCCUGGGAACAUGGUUGAGCUCCAGGUGUCCCUGUCCGAGCAAACCUUGGACGACUUGGGCUGUGCCUCUCUUGGGAGUGCUCAUGGGAUAGACGGAGAAAUCUCAAACAAAGAGGCCGUCGACAUGAUCCACACCACCUCUGUGUCACACGAUGUACCGUGUCCGGUCAGAGUGCCACUCGGCCAGCACGGAGUGGUGCUCAGCUCUCCUUCGAUGCUGGGGCAGGUGGAGGUCCUUUUGCAGCAGGCAGCAGCAUCAGGGGCAGGGAGGGGCCUCCUGAGUGUGGGUGGCCCCAGGGUCAGUGGAAGUGUUGGAUCCCAAAGUGAAGGAGAAGAAGGAGGAGUUCACUGCGAGGGAGUUCCUGGGUCUUACACUGCCGCAUUUGAAAUUCCCUCAGAAGAGGCGACACCAGCGGAGGAGCACGAUUCUGACUCUGAGGGGGAUCAAGACAAACGCAACAAGCAUCGGGCAAAACACGCCAGGCUCAGGCGCAGCGAGAGUCUGUCUGAGAAGCAGCUGAAAGAGAAUAAGUCCAAAUGUAAACGCAUUGCUCUCCUUCUUACGGCUGCUCCGCCCAACCCCAACAACAAGGGGGUGUUGAUGUUCAAGAAACAUCGACAGAGGGCCAAGAAAUACACACUGGUGAGCUACGGCACAGGAGAAGACGAACAAGAGUACAGCGACGAAGACGACGAGGAAAACGAAGACGAGAAACAAGAAGCUGUUGAAUUUACCUUUCUGGCUCCAGAUGGUUCUGAAAUAGACAAGCAUUUCCUCACUAAUGCCCAUAGUAGCAAAGGUGUGCUAACUAUCAAUUGGGACACGGGUCUCCUUGAGAUUGAAAGGAACAUGAACAACCAAGCAGAGAUGGAAUGUCUGCCCGAUACCAUGGGCAAGGGUGCUGUAAUGUUUGCCCAACGGCGUCAAAGGAUGGAUGAGAUUUCAGCCGAACAUGAGGAACUUAGGCGUCAGGGGAUUCCCGUGGAAGGAUUGACAGUGGUUGAAAAAAAGACAGAAGAGCAAUCCUACAUGCAAUCAACAACAGAGGGCCAUGCUUACAUGGAUGUAAAUAUACACCAACAAAGCCAAAAACAACAACAGUACCAGCAAUAUCAGGAACAGCAGUACAAUGUGCAACAACAUAACUACCAACAACAACAGCAACAGUAUCAGCAGCAACAGCAGCAACAGUAUGAACAGCAGCAUUAUCAGCAGCAGCAGCAGCAAGAAUAUCAUAAAGAGCAACAGGAAAUGCAGCACUAUUCUACAAACAUCAAUGGCACGGUCCAACAUCAAGCCACUGAAAUGCAGAGUACUUUCAACAAUCGUACUGCAAAGCCAUUCUCAGUGGAACACAUGCCAGCUCCCCUUUAUCCUCCCACAAUGAGUGGGACCAAUCAAUAUUUUGUGGGCCAAGGAGAGCAAAUAGCUUCCCGGGAUGAGCGCAUUUCUACCCCUGCAAGCCGGACUGGUGUUUUGUCUGAUGCAAGGAGAAGAAAUGCUGGCAAGCCUAUGUUCACAUUUAAGGAAGCACCAAAAGUAUCGCCUAACCCAGCACUGCUAAACCUCCUCAACAGAAAGGAUAAGGAGUCAGGCCCUGAGGAAGACUACCUUAGUCUUGGGGCUGAGGCGUGUAAUUUCUUACAGUCUCGACAAAUGAAACACAAGACACCUCCACCAGUAGCUCCAAAGCCUGCGAUCAACCCCAACUCUCCUCCAUGGUCUCCACAGAUAGAAGUGACCAACCAGGACAUGCCGCAACAGGCUGAAAAUAGUGUAUCCACACCUGGUGUAGCCCCCACCACAGAGACUACUCCUGCUCCAGAACUAGAGCCAACCCCAACACCAGCACCUGCCCCUGAGCCCUCUCCCCCUCCUGCCGCUCAGGAGACUCCUGCCAGCAACACCACAGUGACACAGCACACAUGGAAUCCCCCGGAGCCUGAAUUUCAACAACAGCCUCUGCAAGUGACAGCUCCAGAGGAAAAUGCUCAUAUAAAUUCUACUCUGCAGCCUGAGCCUGCUCCUGUUCCUAGCUGGACUCCAGCAAAUACCCAAGCACAACCUCAGCCAUCUCACAAUUAUUGGCAUCCAGCUCAAGUGCAGUCCCAGGAAGUGCCUCAUAGUCAGUCCCCACCACAGCCGCCGUGCAUGACACGACAACCUUCUCAGACUCAAGCACAGCCUCAAACUCCCACAAAUACUUGGACCCCUCAAAUUCAGCCAUCAUCCUGGACUCAGCCUCAAGGGCAAGCACAGGCCCAGACCCAAGCCCAACCAUGCUGGACCCAGCCGCAAGAGCAACCACAGUCUCAUCCACAGGUUCAGCCAAACUGGGCGCACUCAAAUGAGCAGCCACAUCAGCAGCAAAUGCAACCAACUUGGGGUCAACCUCAAGUACCUGUGCAGCAGCAGCCCCAGGCCCCAUGGGCACAGCCAUCACAAACAGAUGCUCAGCAUCAGCCAACAUGGCUGCAACAACCCCAGCAAAAAUCCCAAGCUCAACAGGUUCAACCAGAAUCCCAGGCACAGCCACCAUGGGUUCAGCAACCACAGCAUCAGGCACCACAACAAGCAUGGUCAGGUCAGCCCCAACCACCAUGGGUCUCAGCUCAGCCUCAACAGCAACAGCAACCUUUAAUUAGUGCAUGGCCUCCAUCACAAACUCAAGCACAAGUUCAGCCACCUUGGAUCCAAGCAGCCCAAGCACAACCCCCAGCGCAGCCUCAAGCCAAUUUGAAUCCAUGGUCGUCAGUACCUGCCCAGGCUCAGUCCCCUCCAUCAUGGGCCCAGCACCCUUCAGAACAUGGUCAGCCCCCCAUGACUUCUUGGACCCCAGAGCAAAAUCAGGCCCAACCUCAACCACCUUGGGUUAAACCAGUUCCACCCCAGCCCACACCCCAGCCCACACCACAGCCAAACUGGCAACAAUCCACUUCAAAGACUCCACCACAGCCACCAAUGAAUACAUGGCCUCCACCUCAGACACAACCUCCGGCACCUAUAAAUGCUUGGGCACCACAGUCACAGCAAACGCCAGUGAAUGUUCCCUCGUCAAUGGUGAACACUCUUCCGUCUCCAAAACCUUGGCAUUCACCACAAAAUGCCCCACCCAAUCAGACCCCUCCGCCUCCACCACAGCGAAUGCACUGUUUAAGUAUUGGUCAAAAAGCUUCAUUACCCAUUAAUCCAAUGGCCACUGUCUUAAACACAUCAUCAUCCAAUGGUUCAGCUUUAGAGAUGCUAGUCGUCAAAGGGAAAGGAGCUGAUAUGUUUGCCAAGAGGCAAUCUCGAAUGGAGAAAUAUGUUGUGGACUCUGAGACUGUACAAGCAAACAAGACGAGCCGGUCGACAUCGCCAGUUGUUUCCUUACCGAAUGAGUGGAAAUAUACACCCAACUUCCUUGGCAGGAGCUACUCCCUUUCCCCAUCAGCCAGAGUACCAUCCACAGGCCAGAACACAGCUUGGGCUUCUUCUCAUCCCAAGUCUACGGCUCGGGCCUCCACAACUCCCCCGUUAAGACAGACGUCCUGGCUGCAGACAGGCCGCAAACCCUUGAUGCCCUGGGAGGCCGCCUCUCGCCAUCCCCUGGGCCUGGUGGAUGAAGCCUUCGCUUUCCAGAACCUCCAGCAAAGCCUCGCCACAAAUGUCCGCUUGGCAGCCCAGCGCAAAAUGCUGCCAGAGCCGCCAGCCGAGUGGAAGGCCAGGGUGUCGUACGACGGCCAGCAGAAAACAGGUGGCCAGACUUGGAGACAGGGUCAAAGCUGGAGUGAGAGUCGAGCUCCGCUGCCAUCAUUUGGGUCCCUAACAAGGAGCCCUGUCUCCGCCCCUGCCCAUCACGGUGGUUACAACUCUCUGCCCAGACAGUGGCAUCCUCAGAGGUCAGUGACAGGGGCAAACAUGGCGCCCCCAGUGUCCUCCUCAGAGUUUAACAGGCCCUUCGGAAAACAAACUUACAAGUCUGUGUACACCAGCAAUACUUGGAGUUGGAGGCGAUAGACUACAACUCAACCUUUGUGAAGUUUCACUGAUUCCAUGUACAUUUAAGUACAUGUCCUUUUUUUAACUAAUAUCUAUUAUAACAAAUAAUAACUAGAACGGGCACUCGGUAGAGCGCAUACCUUCGCAUAUCACAAGAUCGGACAUUGAAUUAUGAACAUUUUGGCAUUAGUUGCAUGCCAAUUGGAUAAAAAUUGACCGUGCUAUGGUAAAAAGAAGAUUUGGACCUAUCCAUGACCUUGACCUUGACCUUUGACCCGAUUGAUCCCAAAAUCUAAUCAAAUGGUCCCCGGAUAAUAACCAAUCAUUCCACCAAAUUGCAUGCGAUUCAAGAGGAUGUUGACCUUUUCAUGACCUUGACCUUGACCUUUGACCCGAUCGAUCCCAAACUCUAAUUAAAUGGUCCCUAGAUAAUAACCAAUCAUCCCACCAAAUUUCAUGCGAUUCGGUUUAAAACUUUUUUUGUUAUGCGAAUAACACGCAUACAAAUAAAUAAAUAAAUACACGGCGAUCAAAACAUAACCUUCCGCAUUUUCAAUGCGAAGGUAAUAAUAUGGUAUAAAUGAGGAGAGUGACCUGGAAAGAUUCCUAGAAUUCUUGUGGUUCUGAUAUUGUACUAUUGUUUCUUUUAUUCUUUCUGCUUUUUGCUGUUUAAUAUCGAGUAUUUUUUGAUCUAAUGCAUGCCAUAAUUCAAUGUGAAAAGGGAUGAUUUCUCUCAGAACAAACGAGACUUAAAGAAAAAAGUCUAAAACAUUCAAGUGACAACUUUAUAGUUUGCAAAGUACUUUUAGUGGGCCUGUAAGAUGAGGCAACAAGUAUGUUGUUAAAAAUGAGUGUUACAGUAAUAGACAUGUUGAGUGCAAAAAGAAAGAAUUCAGUGAUUGUAAAGUAAGAUGGAGAAAACUCUUGAGUGUCCAGCUACGUUUUCAGAAUACAGGACAUAGGUUUAUUACAGAGUCUUGAGAAAAGAGACUUGUGAGGAUGCUAAAAGGGAGAAAGAAACAGUGACCCCCGAUUGUUUUGUGCCUGUCAUUCUUGUGGUUUAAUUUUCUGCUGUGGAUUUAUGUAUUUAGCAUGCAGUGGUUGUGCACUCUUUUUUUUGCUUGUUUUGUUUGGUUUCCAUUAGUGUUUCCAAGUCAGCAAAUAAGUUCAGUCCAAUUACUGAUGCAUUAGACGUGAGGCAUAAAAGGUUUGUGCUAUAACUCAGCAUGUUGUGUAACCUCCAAUAAGUUAGAUUGAUAGACUUAUUUACUAGGUGCAUUUUAAUUAGUGCAUUAGCAUUUCACCACUAGCUAUGGAAGAUGAGAAGCUGACUUUUCUUGUUUUGGACACCUGAAAUGAAUUGGCACAUUCCAGUCACAGCCGGGUUUGAAUUGAGGAAUGUUGAUUAGACCUAAUUAUGACUGCAAUAAAACAUUAUUCUUGUUGAUGGUAGGUUUAAGAGGACUGGGAUAAUUGCUUGUGCUAUUUAAUGGGUUUGUGACUUGCUUCUAGCUUGGGCUUUCGCUAUAGACGCCACAGAUUAAAGCUGGGUUAGUGUUUCCACAGAGAGUACAUAACAACCUAAUGUGAUUCUCACCAAACAAUCUCAUGAAGAUAAAUAAGGUUUCCUCACACGGCAUUGCGUUGUGCCUCAACUGACUCACUGAGCAUCCUGACAUAUCGUGUAUCUGUGAUGAUUCCACUGGUUUGCUUCUAUUCAACAAUUAUUAUGGUCAUAAUGCAAUACCGGCAAUCAAUUUCUGCUCCAAUCUACUUCAAAUAUGGAUUCACCUCUAACCUUUUACAAAAUAAAGACAACCAAAGAGCACUAUU